AUGGUACCCCGACCACACUCUGCCCACUCGGCACUUUUCCUCCUAGUAUUGCUUCUCGUCUCACUCGCUAUAGCAACCCCGAUCGUCGAACGUGCCGCGCGAGCGAACUCGACCGUUGCAGCCUCGAACGGCGCAUCACAGACCGCAUUCAAGGUCCAGGUCCAGGUCGAUCCAGAACAGGACAACAAAGUACCCAGUAAGUUCCGAUCGUUCAAACUUCGAAAACCAUGCGGUUCUGACAACCCAGUUCGCUCUGCCUCGCUACGCCAACACCACGCCACACGCCCCACCCCACCCCACGUGAUGAUGACCUCAAUCCACUCAUCCCAGUCCGCCUCGCCGUCAUGUCCAAAUGCCCCGAUGCCGAACUGUGCGAAUCCGUCUUUGAUCGCGUCCUCGACAAAGUCGGCACCUUGGUCGACAUCAAGCUCCUCUACAUCGGCGAUACCGAAUACGGCAAGGUCAAAUGCAAACAUGGGCCAAGCGAGUGUACGGGCAAUAUCCAGCAAUUGUGUGCGGAAAAGUAUUGGCAAGGUGUGGAUGGGAGUGUCAAUCCUUGGGCGACGUGGUGGAACGUGAGUGAUACUCUCGGGGUGAACGAGGAUCACGAUACGGUGAUCUGACCUGCCCCCUCUAUCUUCUCCAGUUCGUCCAAUGUCAAAAUUACAACGGACUCCCACGCAUCGGCACCGAUCGACUCGCUCAAUCCUGCGCUUCCGUCGUAGGCAAAACGUGGUCCGGCGACGUGGAGGAAUGUGCCAAUUCAUCCGAGGGAACGCAACUCUUGCGCGACUCGUUCAAGGCUACGAAAGCUUUGCAGUUGGUCAAGAGCUGUUCGAUCGUGAUCGAUGGCAAGUUGGUGUGCGUUAGGGAUGGGAGAUGGAUCGAUUGCGAGGAGGGGCACGAGGUCGGCGACUUUGUGAAUUUGGUCAACAAGGCUUGGAAGAGGUUGAAUGAGAGGGAGGAGAGUUCGGGAUCUGCGCUGGAGGGAACGUUCUGA